CCACUAGUUUCAAUGUUAUCAUUAGGUGUAGUCCACUGGCAGGCCCCCUUUUACUACAACCGCCCUUGUUAGGUUGCUCUUCUUCCUUUCUCUCUUUCUCCUCUUGACUUUGAACUACAAAUGGCUGGACUUGCUAAGACCAAUGAUGCUGGAGAUGAGACAGUUACCCAAUGGCUGUGGGUCAAUUCGGACCAUAAAGAUAAACUUCUAGAGGAAUUGACUGAUAAUGACUUGAUACAGACUUCAUGCCCUGACAAGACACUUUCAUAUCUCAAGAUUAUCACUAGCAGAGAAAAAAUAGGGAAAAUAAAAGACAAAAUUAGACAUUUUAACAUUUUGCAAAAUGAAAUGUUUGGGCCAGUUCAGGAAUUAAAAACUGAAGCUAGACUUGAAGAUUGUAAUCCAAUGGAAGUUGUUCCUGCAAAUACUAUUAAUGAGACACCGACAUUUUAUAUUACUUUGCAAUGCUCUUAUGGAUGUGUCACUGAUGAGCUAGCAGAAAGAAUAGCAACUGAACUUAUUGAAGAGCUGCAAAAGAACACAAUCUAUCAACGAAAAGACCUUGUAUUUAAAAUAACAGUCAAUCAAGAUCCUCAUGAACUUGUGUUCACAGCGAAUGGCCGUUGGUGGACAAUGCCCAUCAUCACUGUUUCUGCACAUGUUGAAAACUUUGGUGAACCUCCACCAGAGUCACCAGAGGAUGAUGUGUUUGAGAUAAUGAAAAAAUGGUGCCAAGACAAAUAUUUGGUCAAGUCUUCAAAAGACAAGGACAAAAGCAAGAAAUGAAUAAACUGUUCAUUGCACAAAAAUAAAAGAAUGAUAAGAACGAUUAACAAUAAGUAAUUAUACUUUACUAAUAAUAAUUUAUAGUGAUAUUAACAAUUUCUAAAAAACCCAAUAAAUGACUCACACU